UCAAUAUAUUUGACGCUUGCGUCGAAUUUUUAUCAGUUGGUUUUUACCAGAAGUGUUGUUCUUUACACAUUGUAGUAUUCAUUUUUAAUCCGUGUUUUAAGUGAGGAGAUUUUAACAAAAUGAAUUCUGAAACUGAAAUGAAAGAGAGAGGUGCACCGCCACCAUACUCCGACUCUCAAAAUACAGAACCACAAGGUGUUCCACAAGGUGUUCCGCAAGGUGUUCCGCAAGGUGUUCCACAAGGUGUUCCACAACCAGUUAUAGUAGGCACUGCGGUUGCUUACCCCACUGCCACCGUGGUACCAGCAGUCACUACUACUGUGGUGAUAGGGAAACAAAUGGGUCCAUCACCGACGGUAUACAUAUGUAAAUCAUGUAAUACUCAAAUCAUGACGAAGGUGGAAAGGAAGCCUUCGCUAAGAACUCAUCUGUUUGCACUGUUAUUGUGUGUUAUAGGAUGCUGGCCAUGCGUUUGUGUCCCAUACUGCGUGGAUUCGUGUAAUAAUGCUGACCAUUACUGUCCCAGUUGUAACGCCUACCUCGGAUCUUACUUAGGCUAACUAUUUGUGAUUACUAUAUUUGGUUAGGUUUUAAUAAAUUUAUAUCAAAUAAACAAUUUUUUAAGCGAUGUUUAAUCAAUUUUAUUAGUAACAUGAGUGUUACUAAAUUUAAAUAUGUUUAAACUGAACUACUAUUUGAUCAAGGACCUUAGAAACUUACUUUGAUAUUCCACUACUGUGACAUAUGUCCUACAUAUGGUAGUCUAUGUUUUUUUUCUUAACAUAAUGAAAGGGAUGGUGACAUUGAUUUUAUAAAAUUUUUCGACAGUUGAAACGCACUGUAAAAUAUCGUUUACUGAUAUGCGAUUCAUGAUUGUAGGAAUCUGAGGGUUUAUUACGGAUAUUUGCGAUAUGCGUUUUCGUAACGUCAUCGACAAAAUAUGACAGAAUUUGUAUAAUGAGUUGUAGUCAAAAUUUGUAUGAUAUGAUUUGUCGUUGUACUUUACACCUAUCAGGCGUA